AAAAUAAUAAUAUUAAGUUGUCAGUUGCUGAUUUGGACUCAUCAGUUCUGCCUCAGAUUAACAAGUUUCUUGAACUUAAUAACUUGUAUAUUCCUACUGUAGAAGAAUUAAGUGAUACUAAAAUUGUUAAGUUAGUAAUAGCAGAACAGCAGCAUAAAGAACAUAAUUCAAAUAAUUUAGAUAAAGAGCCUUUAACAAUUCCAGCUUCAAAAGGAUUAGUGGAUCUAAAAAAAUUUUUGGAGUUUUUUGAGUAA